UCAAAAAUUCGCUGUCACAAAAUAAAAGCAGCUAACUUAACUCAAUAUGUCCUUUCUUCCGGUUCACUUUGUCACGCAAGAUGCCCGGCGUUACAGUAAAGGAUAUUGAUCAACAUGCCGUUGUUAAGGCUGUAGCCGUCUUCUUGAAGAAGACUGGCAAAUUGAAGGUGCCCGAUCAAAUGGACAUCAUUAAGACCGCUAAAUUCAAGGAAUUGGCUCCAUCGGACCCUGAUUGGUUCUACAUUCGCUGUGCAUCAAUCUUGCGUCAUUUGUACCAUCGCAGUCCAGCUGGUGUUGGUUCCAUUACAAAGAUCUACGGUGGCCGUAAACGUAAUGGUGUGCACCCAUCACACUUCUGUCGGGCCGCUGACGGUGCUGCACGCAAGGCUUUGCAAUCCUUGGAGCAUGCCCGCCUUAUUGAAAAGCACCCCGAUGGUGGUCGUAGAUUGACACCCAUUGGUCAGCGUGACUUGGAUCGUAUUGCAAACCAAAUCGUGAGCAAACAACGUGAUGCGGCGAAGCUGUCGGGACCUAUUGUCAUUUCCAAGUAAUUUAAUAAUAAAAAUACGCAAAAUAGAGGGUAAAAACUAUGUGGUUUGCGCAAAGUU